UAGAGUUGUGGAUGGCAAAUGAUUUUAUUCCAUCUAAAGGACAAAUGAGGUUACAUGAUAUGGGCCAUGACAUUUUCAGGGACUUGGUUUCGAGGUCAUUCUUCCAAGAUGUAAAAGAGUCCAAUAGUGGAACAAUAUUUUGUAAAAUGCACGAUCUUAUGCAUGAUCUUGCACAAUCUAUUAUGAGAUGUGAAUGCUCUAUUAUGGAGCCUCACAAGGGCAUGAAAAUUCGAGAUAAAAUUCGUCACUUGUCUUUUAAUAUUGUUGAUUUUGGAGAGAUGAUUCCUUGGAAUGAGAUUGUAUUUGAAGUCCCAUCUUUGCGGUCUGUCUUAAUAUUUGAGUCUUUCAUUCCAAAUUCCAAGGAUAAUAUUGCUUCACCUUGCAUUUCAAAAGAAAAGUAUCUUAGAGUGUUGGAUCUUGGUAGACAUGUUGAUGAGAAGUUGUCAAUGUCAAUUUCCAAUUUCAGCCAUCUUAGGUACCUGAACAUGUCGUUCUCUAAAAUAGAAAUUCUACCAGAAUCAAUAAGUAAUCUCCAAAGUCUACAAACAUUGAAGCUAGAACAUUGCCGAGAACUUUGUAAGUUGCCCAAACGCAUUAAGCACAUGAGAAAUCUCACUUACUUGGACAUCACAAGGUGUGAUUCUCUUACUUCCAUGCCGGACCAAAUGGGACAAUUAACUUGCCUACAAAGACUAAGCAUGUUCAUUGUGGGCCAAGAUGAGGGUUACCAAAUUGGUGAGCUGAAAGAAUUAAAUCUUGGGGGUACGUUGAGCAUAAAGAGACUUGAGAACAUAAGAAAUUCAGAAGACGCCAAGAAGGCCAAUUUGAAGGGGAAACAUGAUCUUAUUUCUUUGGAAUUAUAUUGGAGCGAGAGCAAUGAAGAAAACAUACCAAAGAAUGUCGAAGAGGUUCUUGAGAGUCUCCAACCUAAUUCGAAUCUGAAGAAGUUGAGCAUAAAUUUCUUCCAAGGUGCAAAGUUUCCCAACUGGAUGUGGGGUUUGGUUCUUAAAAAUCUGGUUGAGAUCUCUUUAAUAGAUUGUGAAAGAUGUGAACAUCUUCCUCCUCUUGGCAAACUACAAUCCCUAAAAAUUCUCAAUAUCAGUUGCAUGGGUUCUCUUAAGUACUUCGACCAUGGGGAUUAUGGAGAUGGGGAAAGUUCAUUUCCUACAUUGAAGACUCUCGAGUUCUAUGAUAUGCCAAGCUUGGAGGAAUGGGCAACAGUGGAUAGAGGAGAAAUUUUCCCUUGCCUAGAGGAGUUGGUGAUAUCUUUAUGCCCCAAAUUGACUAAAUUGCCUUUUCUUACAGCACUUAAGAUUUUGAGAAUUGAGGUACGCAAUAAAAUGAUAUUCAGGUCAGCGAUUAAUCUUACUAGGAUUACCAAUUUUAGGAUAAAUGUCUAAUUUGAAGAUUCUUCCAGAUGGACUGCUUCAAAAUCUUAAGGCCUUGGAGAUCUUAGAGUUAUGGUCCAUGUACAAGCUGAAGACCCUGUCAAAUCAACUGGAACCUAAACUCUCUCCAGAAACUGUUUAUACGCGAUUGUAAAAGUCUUACGUCCCUUCCAGUGCAAGGGUUGCAAGGCUUGACUUCCCUUACAUCCUUUCAAAUUUUCCGCUGUGAUAAACUAAUAUCUUUGUCGGAUGGAAUGCGAUAUCUGACAGGACUUCGGUUCUUGAGAAUCAAUAGAUGUCCAGAGAUACAAUCUUUUCCAGAGGGUAUGCAACAUUUGAAUGCUCUGCAAGAUUUGUGUAUAGACAAAUGCAGCGGAUUAUUUUUUCUACCAAAUUGGCUAGGAGGCCUCCGAUCAUUAUCAUCCUUAGUGAUUUGGAGUUGCCCUAAUCUGAGGUGUUUGCCGGAUGGGCUGCAGGAUCAGAAUACUCUGAAACGGCUGUCAAUUGGAGAAUGUCCACAUUUGGAGCGCCAGUGCAAGAAACAGACUGGGGAGGAUUGACUGAAGAUAGCUCAUGUUCCUCUGAUUGAGAUCAAUUUUGAAGAAGUACAAUCCUUGGAUUGUUAAUGCACUAUUUUGAAGCUGAGAUUCGCAUCCAACAGCGUUUGCAGAAAGCUGAUUUGAGGAAGUGUGACAACAUAGUCCCAAGUUAAUGCAGAUUUGAAGACUCGAGUUUUUGAUGGAGCGUGCUUGAAGAAUUUUGUGGCUGGCCUCAAUGGGUUUGCACACUUGUUGAAUAAUACAUCAUAGUUUUCAAGGUUGAAGAAAUUCGAAAUUGUAUUUCAUCACAGAGUGGCAUGGGUACGAACGCUCUCAUUUCUCUAAUCGCGCUGAAAAGCUUUUGUGUUAUUAGAUCAUAGAUGGCUGUGAAGAAUUGCAAUAAUUGAUUGUUUAGUUUUCUUUGAUUUUAUAUUUCCAAGCACAGGAUGGUGUUUUAGAUGGUAGAUAUUGUGGAUUGAUUUGUUCCCGGUUGCUUCUAGUUUCAUCGUUCUUCUUUGAGGGAUAUGAUUUCCAUUUAUUUGCUCAUUUUUAUCGGUUUAGAGCCUUUUAAAUGGAUAUUAUUUAUUUUUAUUUAA